AUGCAUUAGUCUAAGAAGAAAGCAAUUGGAUAGAAUAAGAAUUUUGGACCAAUUCAGAAACUCACAGUUCCUGAUUUCCAAUAGAUAAGUAAUCACUAUGAACAAAUGUAGAACGAAAUCUUAGAAAAACCAUCAAAAGCAAGGUAUCGCAUUUCAUCCAUAACCGUUAAAUGUAGAAAGCAGAUGAAGCAGUUCUCGAUACACAAGGUUAACAAGCCGACUCUUACAGGAAAAUACAGAACCGGAGGAGCAGUCGAGGCUGAUGAAGUUGCUGAUGUAUCCAAGGUUGGUGGUGAUGGAGGAGAUGGAAACACCAACGGAGGAAACAACUACUACAACCACGGCGAAGAGCAGCCUUCUCUCUUGUCAAUCGAUGAACAAUAAGCAAUUUAACCAAAGGAAAUCAAAGUUGUCAACCCUUGGAUCCACGAGGCCACCCAUAAAGAGUACCUUGAGACAGUGAAGGGUUUGCCGGCCAGACAUGCAAAUGUAAUAAGAAAGCACAAAAAUGUAAUCAGAGAAAAAACUUUUCUCGAAGAAAUAGAUUCAAAUGCUCAAAAAGACUAAGCUACCUAAGAAGCUCUUAAACUCCUAGAAAAAGAAUAUGAGAUCUUCAAUGACCCAAAUCUCCCAGGAACAAAGGCGCUCACUAGAUAUGACACAUGGGAAGAGGAUAAGACUAUUGAAUAAUGGGUUGAAUAUUGCUAGGCAAGACCGAGUCAACCACAUGCGCUCUCACCAGUAUUCGAGGGUAAGGAGUACCUCUGGAAACCAGUGUCAGUUAUUGACUAUGACUACAAGGAGAGGAAAUUCAAGGUUGUAGUCUUCAAUACUGGACAGGAAAAGCUCGUUACACGUCUAUCACUAUUGUUUUUCGAUGAAAAUCCAGACUUAUUCAGAGAAAGAGUUAACCUUUGCAAGCAAAGACAAGCUAUUGUUGAAGCUGAACUUAGAUUCACAAACCUUGUUGAUUCAAUUCCCUCAGACAAAGUCUCAGUCCUUUCAAUGGAAAGAAGAUACAAUUACCUUAAGAAAUGCGUGAGAGAAAGGGAUAAGUUUGACCCAGACAAGGCACAUGCUACAUUCAAAUACUUAAUGAGAGUUGUAGAAGAGGAAUACGUUAGACAAAUGAAGAAAUGUAUUAUCCUCAAAGAGAUGCAAGAUCCUAUCAAUCACCUAAAAUUCUAGAAGCUUAAGAUUCCUAUCAGACUUUCAAGAAGAACUGCGCCUUACUUUGGAGUUGUAAAGAUGGGUACGAAAUUCAACUUUGGUAAGAACCUCGAUGACGUCAAAAAGGAGCACUGGAGCUCAGAUUCUGACCUUGUGGGAAUGACAAAGAUCUUUACCAAGAAAUGUAUCGACUUUUUGGAGUUCAGAUACCAAAACACCAACAAGACUUCACUUAAAUUACCAAGAGAGCUAAAUGAACUUCAAAAAAUGCAAAACUCUCACCACUAGUCAGUCUCUCAAAAUAUGCUCAUUCAAUGGAGAGAUUUCCUUAUCGGUGAAAUCCAAGAUAAGCUAAGAAAGAACCAUAAUUUCUUCGAGAACAAAGCUAGCACAUACGAAAACAGCCCACUUAAGAGAAUUAUAGCCAGAUUUGAAUACAUCUUAAACACAUACUUGAGAGAAUUCGUAAAGCUCUCAAUUGAUGAUUGGGUCGCAUUCAUUAAGUCAUUCACUAUUCCAAACUAUGAGAGAGAGGAGCUUUGGAAAGUGUAACCGACACCUAUGAUUGUAAUACAUCUCAGCUUCCUUAUGAAGUCAAAGAAAGAUGACAAAAAGAACAAGAAUAAGAAGCCAAAGAAUGCCAAAGCUAACAUUGAAGAGUCAGACCAAGGAGCUGAGGAUGAUCAAAAUAGAAUUAGCUUUGCCCCAAGAAUUGAUAAAUGUGGAAAUUUCUUGAAGGAUGCAGUACUCAACAUUGUAAAGUCAACUAACCUUGUCUGUAACUUAGAGGAUGACUUGAUGCCCUUCCUCUUUCAAAAAGAAUAGAAAACUCCUAAUUUCCCAAUAACUGAGGAAUUUGAUUGGUGUGUCAUUGCUAAAAACAGUAUUGACUAAAUGAUCUAGGAGAAUAUUAAAGGUCCACUUGACUUAUUAGAGAAGUAUAAGAAAUUUGAGUACAUUCUCAAUGUAGAUAAGAAAGCCUUAGUCAAAGAACUUUUCAACGGAGAUGAAAAGGCUCCUCUUGACGUAAUAAGGGAGAAAAUUUCUCAUUACAAAUAAGCAUAUGAUGAGAUUAUGAAUCUUUCUAAUGAUAUUGUUGACUUCCCGUUAUUCAGAGUGAUGGCUCAGAAUAUGAAAAAUAAUCUAGGAAGUUAAGCCGAGAAGAUCAAAGAAAAGCUUUUGUAAGAAGUGAAUAAAUAUUGUCAAAAGUCUGUUGAACAUAUUAACAAGACAUAUGAAGAGAUGUAAAAAACAAUUAUGGAGGAUCCAACCAAUGAAAAAGAGCUUGUGGCAACCAGAGAUUUUAUUAAGAAUGCUCCAACUAAAGUUGAUUAAUUGUCUGCGCUUUUGCAUGAUGUUUACAAGCAUUAUUUGCUUUUGGAAAAUUUUUCAUUCAAAUACGAGGAUAAAGACAUUGAAAUUUUCUGGUAUAUGAAAUAAUGGCCUCUUGAAAUCAUGUCUGCUAUUACUGAUGGUGCCCUUUAGAUUUAAAAUAAAGAAGUUAUUUUUAUGGCCAAGUUAGACUCUGAAAAAGAAAACUUUGUAAAACAAAUAGAAUAAUACAAGACACACUUUGAAAAGAUUAAGAAAUUCAACGACUUGUCAACAGUCAAUGAAUAUUCAACCGAUGCUUUUAACCUUAAAGAAAAUCUUGAUAAGGCUUUUGAAAAGGUAAAAUAAUUCAAUGAUAGAGAGUCUCUCUUUAAUUAAAUGAGAUCUGAAUAUCCUGAAUUAGAUGAAUUAAACACUUAAUUUAAGCCAUUCCUCGAUCUCACCACCAUCGCUUAUGAAGCUGAUUUCUCCAUUAAAGACUGGAACGGUUAGGUUGUCUCAAAAAUGGACGCUGCUGAUAUCACAUCCUAAAUUAACUCCUGGCAUCAAUCAUGUUUCCAACUUUACAAGAAACUUUUGGAUGAUUACCCAGAGACUGCUGAAGUUGCAAUGGAAUAAAAAAAGAGAAUCGAAGCAUUUAUGGAAAAUUUGCAAUUGAUCAAAUGCUUAUCUUCAGAGGCUAUAAUGGAGGAAGAUUGGAAAGAAGUCUAAGAAGCUGUAAAGCAGCAAAGUCUUGAAAGAGAUGAUGUAACUGUUGAGAAAAUGAGAGCUUUGGAAUUCAACAAGUACCUUGAAGAAAUUGAGGAAAUAACAAUGAAAGCUGAGAAGAAAUUCUCAUUGAACAAAAAGUUAAAGUAGAUGAAAGAGGAGAUGAAAUACUUUACUUUGGUUCAAUUCCCAUACAAGGGCAAGACCUAUGUACUUAAAGCUUACGAUGAGGUAAAUGCUAAGCUUGACGACUAAAUUGUGUCUACUCAGGCUAUGCUUGGGUCUCAAUUCAUGAAAGGUAAACUAAGAAAUGAAACAAAGUUGUGGGAAACUAAAUUAAACAAUAUGUCUGAGUUGAUAGAAGAAAUCGCUAAAUGUCAAAGAACUUGGAUGUAUCUUGAGCCUAUCUUUGCCUCAGAUGAUAUUCACAAGCAAAUGCCAACAGAAGGUUCAUUGUUCAGAGAUGUAGAUACACUUUGGAAGCAGACUAUGGAAGGUAUUGAAAGCGAUCCAGGUAUUAUUGAUUUGAUUGAGAGAGAAAACAUCAAAUAAUCCUUCGAAGAUGCAAACAGAAAGCUUGAUAAAAUCCAGAAGAGUUUGAAUGAGUAUCUUGAAGAGAAGAGACUUGUGUUCCCAAGAUUUUACUUCUUGGCUAACGAAGAUUUGCUCAUGCUUUUGGCGUAAACUAAAGAGCCCAGAGCUGUAUAACCUCAUAUGGAUAAAUGUUUCGAGGGUAUCUAUAGAAUUAUGUUCAGCGAUAAUGAUGAAGUUUAUGGAAUGAUCAGUUAAGAAGGAGAGGAGGUACUUUUCGAUCAUAAGAUUGAUGUAAACGAGGGCGACAAGAAAGGUAACGUAGAAAAAUGGAUGCUUGAAAUUGAGAAUGUCAUGAGGAAAUCAUUGAAAAAGAUCUGCCACUCUAGUUUAGGAGCUUACCACAAAACAAAGAGAACAGAUUGGGUUAGAUAAUGGCCAGGUUAAAUAGUUCUUGCAGUAAAUCAAAUUCACUGGACUACUGAGGUAGAAUAAGCCGUUAAAGAAUCAGGAUAUGCUGGGUUAGAAUAAUAUAGAGAUGUUCUGUAACUCUAAAUUGAGGAUAUUGUGCAGCUUGUGAGAUCAGAUCUAAAUGUCUAGGAGAGAAUUACAUUAAAAGCUCUAGUCGUUAUUGAUGUGCACGCUAGAGAUGUAGUCACUGAAUUAAUGCAAAAAGAAAUCAAGAGUAUAUUCGACUUUGACUGGGGUUCUCAACUUAGAUACUACUGGGAGGAAAAUGACACUCUUAGAGUAAAAAUGGUCACUGCUGUUACUGAUUAUGGCUAUGAAUAUCUUGGAAAUUCAUUAAGAUUGGUUAUUACACCAUUGACUGAUAGAUGCUAUAGAACUCUCUUAGGAGCUAAGCAUCUUAACUAUGGAGGUGCUCCAGAGGGACCAGCAGGCACAGGCAAAACUGAGUCAGUCAAGGAUCUUGCUAAAGCUAUUGCAGUCCAAUGUGUCGUCUUUAAUUGUUCAGAUGGUUUAGAUUAUCUAGCUAUGGCUAAAUUCUUUAAGGGUCUAGCUGCUUCUGGUGCUUGGUGUUGCUUCGAUGAGUUUAAUAGAAUUGAUCUCGAAGUGUUAUCAGUUAUUGCUUAAUAGAUUUUGACUAUUCAACAAGCUAUCAAGGACAUUAAGAAGAGAAAGUUCAUUUUUGAGGGUACUGAAUUAUAAAUAAACAGAGCUUGCGCUGUAAAUAUUACAAUGAAUCCUGGUUAUGCAGGUAGAUCUGAGCUUCCAGAUAAUCUCAAAGCACUGUUCAGACCCUGCGCUAUGAUGGUCCCAGAUUAUAAGCUCAUUGCAGAAAUAGAGCUUUAUUCAUUCGGUUUUUCAGAAGCUUCAGAACUCGCUGUAAAAGUUGUUGCAUCUUUGAGGUUGUCUAGUGAGCAAUUGUCUUCUUAAGAUCAUUAUGAUUUCGGUAUGAGAGCUUUGAAAGCUAUCUUAACAGCUUGUGGUAAUCUAAGAAGAAAGUUGGAUUGGCCAGAGAGAUAUAUUGGUCUAAGAGCCCUUAAUGACGUUAACUUACCGAAGUUCACCUCAAAUGAUAUUCCACUUUUCUUGGGUAUUACCAGUGAUCUCUUCCCAGGAGUACAGCUUCCUUAACCAGAUUAUGAAAAGCUUAUUGGAGCAAUGCACGAAGCUUGUGUAGAAAAAAAUCUUCAACCUAAGAGGGAGUUUAUUGAUAAAUGUAUUUAACUCUAUGAGACUAUUAUGGUUAGACAUGGACUUAUGGUUGUCGGAAGAGCAUUCUGUGGUAAAUCAAAAGUUAUUUAGACAUUACAAAGAGGUAUGAGUAUAAUUAAAGAUGAUCCACUUUUCGUUAAUGUACUUGGAUUCUAUAUUAAUCCAAAGAGUAUUUUGCAAGACUAGCUUUAUGGUAAAUUUGAUCUUGAUAGUUAAGAAUGGAGUGAUGGAGUCUUGGCUAUUAAGAUUAGAGACUGUGCUGAAUCUGAAACACCUGAUAGAAAAUGGAUUAUUUUCGAUGGACCUGUCGAUGCAGUUUGGAUAGAGAAUAUGAAUACUGUCUUGGAUGACAAUAAAAAACUUUGCCUAAACAGUGGUUAGAUCAUUAAACUAAAGCCUACUAUGACAAUGAUGUUUGAAGUAGAAGACCUUUCUUAAGCUUCCCCUGCCACAGUUAGUAGAUGUGGUAUGGUCUUUAUGGAGCCUAAAUAACUCGGACAUACACCUCUCAUUACAUCAUAUUGCAACAAUCUUGAAAAAUACAUUGGAAAAACAGCUGAGGUUGUUAGAUAAUUAAUGCACUAUUUUGCUGACUUGUCAAUCGCAUACACUAAUUCUAAGGGCAAAUUCCCAGUUCCAACAGAUCCAAAUUUCCUUAUCAACUCUAUGUUAAACAUCUUUGAUUGCUAUGUAUAUGAUUGGAAGUAAGAAGAUGCAAAAGUUCCAAGAGAAGCUGAAGAAAUGUCUGUAAAUUCUAUAGUAUUUGCUGUUAUUUGGAGUAUUGGAGCAGCAUUGGAUGAAACUACUAGACCAAGAUAUGACACUUUCUUACAAGAGAUAUUAGCAGCUGAAGAUGUCAAUACAAAAUAUAGACUCGAUAUACCCAAUUUUGAAAUAAAAAAGAUCCCAGUUAAACUAGGCGAUUACAAAAGUCUCUUUGAUCUUUUCUUCGAUAGAGAUAAGAUGACAUGGAUAAACUGGCUAAAGACACUUCCACCAUUUAUUGUUCCAAAGGAUGUCUCAUAUUCUUAACUUAUAGUCCCUACAAUUGAUUCAAUCAGAAUGAAUAAACUUAUGAAUACUCUCAUUCUUUGUGACAAGCAUCCAAUGAUCUGUGGUCCUACAGGUACUGGUAAAAGUAUUUCUAUAGCAAAUGAGCUUAAAAACAAUUUUGACAAUCAAAAUUAUGCUUACAUUUCAAUGUCAUUCUCUGCACAAACUAGCGCCAAUCAAACUCAAAAGAUUAUAGAUGGAAAGAUGGAGAAGAGAAGAAAGGGAGUUUAUGGUCCUCCUCUUGGAAAGAAGGGUGUUAUCUUUGUAGAUGAUCUUAACAUGCCACAGAAAGAAGUAUAUGGUGCUCAACCGCCUGUUGAACUUUUAAGAUAAUGGAUGGAUUAUGGAGGCUGGUAUGAUAUCGAUACUAAUGAAAAAGAGUUCAGAUUUAUUCAGGGAAUCAAAUUCAUUACUGCUAUGGGACCUCCAGGAGGUGGAAGAAACUCAAUUACAGCAAGAUAUGUUAGACAUUUCAACGUUAUCUACAUUGAGCCAUACUCAUAAGAGAGUUUGAACUAUAUCUUCACAAACAUUAUGGAAUGGUUCUUCUUGAUAAAUUCAAACCCAUCCUACUCAAAAGCUAUUCAAGGAAUGAGAGAUAGCUUGGUCACUAACACUAUUCACAUUUACAGAUCAAUUUCAGAGAAAUUCAGACCAACUCCAGCUAAAUCCCAUUACACAUACAACUUAAGAGAUGUCAGCAAAGUCUUUUAAGGGAUUUCUAAGGCAUCACCAAAGGCAAUUAGAAAUGAAACUGACAUGAUCAAAUUAUGGGCUCAUGAAUGUCUAAGAGUAUUCCAAGAUAGACUUAUCAGUGAAUCCGAUAGAGUCAAAUUUGACGAUUUAUUGAAAGACAUAAUCAAGGAAAAAUUCAAGAAGGAUUGGAAAUCAAUUGUAGAGGUAGAACCAUUGCUCUUUGCUUCUUUUGUCCAACUUGUUUACCCAGAUGGUGAUACAACUAAGAAACCUUUUUCUGAUCUAUAUUGCGAACUUACGGAUAGAAAGAAGGUUAAGGAUACUACUGAAACAGCAUUAUCAGAUUACAACUAAUUCAAUCAUUCUAAGAAGAUGAAUCUUGUGCUUUUCGUAUCAGCUAUUGAGCAUAUCGUUAAGAUUCAUAGAAUUAUUACUACUGAGUAUGGUCAUGCAUUGUUAGUCGGUGUAGGUGGUUCAGGACGUAAAUCACUUACUGAACUUGCUACCUUUAUUGCAAGUUAUGAAAGUUUCAGCAUUGAAAUCUCAAAGAAUUAUGACUUCAAGGCAUGGAGAGAUGAUAUGAAAGAGAAACUAUUCCUUGGCUGUGGAGUUGACUAAAAACAAACUGUUUUCUUAUUCUCUGAUACUCAAAUAACUAAUGAAGCUUUCGUUGAGGAUAUUAACAACAUUUUGAAUAAUGGAGAAAUCCCUAAUCUUUAUUAAGAAGCAGAGGAAAUCGGAAUUAUCCUUGAUGCUAUGAAAGAUGCUAACAAAAAUAAUCCUAACUACAAAAAUUAUAACGAUACUGAGGUCAUGCUAGAUUUCAUUCAAAAAGCAAAAACUUGCUGUCAUGUCGUAUUAGCAAUGUCUCCUAUUGGAGAAGAUUUUAAGAGAAGACUCAGAAUGUUCCCAUCAUUGGUUAACUGUUGUGCUAUCGAUUGGUUCCUCCCAUGGCCUAGAGAAGCUCUUUAAUCUGUAGCAGAGCAUUUCUUGAAUAAGAUUGAUCUUGAUGAAAGAGAAGGUAUCAUCUCAAUUUGUGUAGACAUGCAGGAGAGAGUUUCAUAAUUGACGUAGAGAUACUUCUAAGAACUUAAGAGAUAUUAUUAUGUUACUCCAACCAGUUAUCUUGUUCUCAUUAAGACUUUCUAGAAUCUAUUGGGCUAAAAGAGAAAAAAUGUCAAUACAAUUAUUGCAAAAUAUGAGAAAGGUCUUGAUCAACUUGCUCAUGCAUCAGAGGAAGUUAAUAGACUUCAAAUUGAGCUUACAGACCUUAUUCCAAAGCUUCAAGUAAAGCAAAAGUAAACUGCAGCAAUGAUGGUAGAUAUUGAGAAACAAAAGAAGCAAGUUGCUGAAAAAACAAAAGAAGUAGAAGCUGAGGAGACUGUUGCUAAAGGAAAGAAGGAAAGUGCUGACGCAAUUCAGAAAGAUUGUGAAGAAGAAUUAUCAAGAGUCAUGCCUAUCUAUAACGCUGCUAUGAAGGCUGUGUCAGAACUUGACAAAAAUGAUAUUACUGAAAUCAGAGGUUUCAAAAAGCCACCAGAUGCUGCUAUACUUGUCAUGAAGAGUAUGUGUAUCAUCUUUAACGUAGCCCCUGAAAAGGUAAAGGGAGGAAAUGUUAAAGAUGUCCAAUGGGAUUAUUGGGAACCAGCAAAGAAAAAGCUAUUGAGUCCUGAUCUUUUAAAGAGAUGCCAAACCUUUGAAAAGGACAGUAUCGCAUUAGAUAUCAUUGAAAAAUUGAAGCCUAUUAUUGCAGAGCCAAAUUAUCAUGAUGAGGUUCUUAAGAAUGCAUCAAAAGCUGCUUGGGGUCUUGCUAAGUGGGUGAGAGCUAUUGUUCAAUAUGAUGAGGCUAUGAAAGUCGUCAGACCUAAACAACAACAAUUGAAAGAAGCUCAAGAGUCUUCAAGAGAGGCUUAAAAAAUUUGGGAUGAAGCUCUCGAUAGACUAAGAGCUGUUGAGGCUCAAAUGAAGAAACUUAUGGAUGAAUUUGAGGCCACUAAAAAUGAAGAAGAAAAACUUAAGGCCUAGAAAGAUGACUGUUAAAAGAAAAGAGAUAGAGCAGGAAGUUUGAUUGAUAAACUAGCAUCAGAAAACAUUAACUGGAAGAAUGCUCUAGUUUAAAAUAUUGCUAGCAGGGAAAACCUUGUAGGAGAUAUUCUUGUUAGUUCUGGAAUUAUUGCCUAUCUCGGGGUAUUUACCUAAAUUUACAGAACUGAAUGUAUUAAAACAUGGAUUAAUAUGAUCAGAUCAUUCAACAUUAAGAGUAAUGAUGACAUCAGUUUGAAUGCUAUUCUCGGAAAUUAAGUCAAGAUCAGAUAAUGGCUCAUUGAAAAACUUCCCCAAGAUCAAUUCUCAAUCGAUAAUGCUAUCAUUCUUGAAAACUCAGAGAGAUGGCCACUUAUGAUUGAUCCUUAGAUGCAAGCUAACAUUUGGAUUAAAAAGAUGGAAGAGAAGCAUCAAAUUAAGGUAAUCAAGCCAACAAUGGAUCCGAAGGUUUUAAGUAGAAUUCUUGAAAAUGCUGUCAUUCUUGGAAAUCCAGUUAUCCUUGAAGAUGCGAAUGAGACUUUUGAUCCUAUGCUCGAACCACUUCUUGGAAAGCAAAUCGAGAAGAAAGGAAGUUUAAUGUAUCUCAGAAUUGGUGAUAACCCAGUUGAAUACUCUUCAGAUUUUAGAUUCUAUGUAACAACAAAACUAUCAAGACCUCAUUACAGCCCUGAAGUCUGUGUGAAAGUUACCAUGCUUAACUUUAUGGUUACACAAGAGGGUCUAGAAGAUUAAAUGUUGAGUAUCGUUGUCAAGCAUGAGGAACCAUAGAGAUUUGAAAAGAGAAACCAAUGUAUUGUGCAAAAAGCUGAGAAUGAAAGAAAAGUGUCAGAGUUGUAAGACAAGAUCUUAAACUAGAUUGCUGGUUCUUCAGAUAAUAUUUUGGAGGAUGAUGAACUAGUAGUAACACUUGAUGAAUCAAAAGAACAAUGCAAACAGAUUGAACAGCAACUUAAGGAGAUGGAGUCUACUAUGAAGUAAAUUGAAAACAUUAGAGAGCAAUUUGUUCCAGUCGCUGUAAGAGUAUCAAGAUUAUUCUUCGUGCUGGCAGAUUUAAUGAAUGUUGAUCCCAUGUAUCAAUACUCCCUCAAGUUCUUCUGUAUGAUUUAUGAAAGAGCUCUUGACAAAGCAGAUGGAAAAGUAGAUAAGGGAGAUAGAAAUGCAAGAAAGCACUUUUUCAUCAAGAAAUUCCAGAAACUGCUCUAUUCAAAUGUGUGUAGAUCACUUUUCGAAAAAGAUAAGCUACUAUUCUCAUUCUUGAUGUGCAUGAAAAUUAUGGAGGAAAAUAAAGAAUUAGAUCCCCUUGAAACUAGAUUCUUGAUGACUGGAGCAACUUCAAUUGAGUUUGAUAGACCUAAUCCAACAGGAGAAAAUGGAUGGCUAUCAGAUAAGUCAUGGGCUUCAAUCCUUGAACUUACAAGAGUUUUACCAGCAUUCAAAGGAUUUGACAGAGAAUUCGAAGCUCAUCUUCAUGAUUGGGAGAGAGUUUUCAAUUCACAGCAACCACAAAGCUUCAAAGAGCCAUGGCCUGGCCAAUGGAAUGACAUCACAUUAUUCAGAAGAGCGAUAGUACUAAGAAUCCUAAGACCUGAUAAAGUUAUUCCUGCCAUUCAAAAACUAAUCAAGAAAGAUAAAGAACUUGGAACUUACUACAUUACACCACCACCUUUUGAUCUUUCAAAAUCUUUCUCAGACUCUACAAAUAAGGCACCAAUUAUUUUCGUUCUAUCACCAGGAGCAGAUCCAAUGUCAGAGCUUAUCAAACUUGCAGAAUAAAAGAAAGUUAAAUGGAAGUCUCUUUCUCUCGGUCAGGGUCAAUCAGAGAAGGCAAAAGAAGCAAUAAUAUUCGCUUAAGAAGCUGGUGAGUGGGUUGUAUUACAAAAUUGCCAUUUAGCACCUUCAUUCAUGCCUAUUCUUGAUGGUUUAAUAGAGGAAAUCUAAGAAGAUAAAGGCAGUGCAUUUAGAAUCUGGCUGACAUCUAUGCCUAGUGAAAAAUUCCCUGUCUCAAUCUUGCAAAAUGGUAUCAAGAUUACUAACGAGCCUCCUAAAGGACUUAAAAAUAAUAUUCUAGGAUCUUACCUCGCUAUUGAUGAAAGUGAAAUUGAAGCAUGCUCAAAGCCAAUAGCUGUGAAGAGGCUUAUGUGGGGUCUUACCUUCUUUAAUGCCCUUAUCCUAGAAAGAAGAAAGUAUGGUCCACUUGGAUGGAACAUUCCAUAUGAAUUCUCAGCAUCUGAUUUGAGAAUCUCACAAGCCUAAUUGCUUAUGUUCCUGAACUACUAUCAAGAGAUUCCAUUUGAAGCCUUGAAAUAUAUGGUCGCAGAAGCUAACUAUGGAGGUAGAGUCACUGAUCCAAUGGAUAGAAGAGCUAUUAACAUGAUACUUUCAGAUUUCUACACACCAGAUAUUCUGAAAGAUGGCUAUAAAUUCUCUGAGAGUGGAAAAUAUGUCGUACCACAUGAUGGAAAUAUCGCAAGCUAUAUUGAUUUUAUCAAAAAUGAGAUGCCAUAAAACGACCUAACAGAAGUGUUUGGAUUACAUGAUAAUGCUGAUAUUACUAGUGCUAUUAAUGACACAACUAACCUUCUUGGAACUGCAUUGUCUCUAAUGCCAAGAAAGAGUGGUGCAGCUGGAAAGAGUCAAGAAGAGCUACUUUAAGAAUUAGCAAAGGGUUUACUAGACAAGCUGCCACCUAACUUUGACAUGGAUGAAGCCUGCAAGAAACAUCCGAUUAAGUAUGAGGAAUCAAUGAAUACCGUGCUUCAGUAAGAACUUUUAAGAUUCAACAAACUACUCUCUGAAGUCAGAAGUUCUUUAAUCAAUCUAGGUAAAGCUAUUAAAGGAGAGGUAGUCAUGUCUUUAGAAUUAGAAGCUGUAGGAAAUAGCUUGUUUGAUAAUUUGGUUCCAGCUCUCUGGUCCAAGAAAGCUUAUCCUUCCUUGAAACCUCUAGCAUCAUGGAUUGCUGAUUUCAUUUAGAGACUUAAAUUCAUGGCAGAUUGGAUUGAGCAUGGAGCCCCAAGUACCUUCUGGUUAUCUGGAUUCUUCUUCACUUAGAGUUUCCUUACUGGAGUUAAACAAAACUAUGCCAGAAAGCAUGUUAUUGCCAUUGAUUAGAUUGAUUUCGACUUUGAAGUAAUAAGUGACCCUCAUAAGUAUGACUUAGCUAAACAUGCAUCAGAUGGAGCCUAUGUUUUCGGAUUAUUCCUUGAAGGUUGUAGAUGGAAUUCAGAAUAAGAUGUACUUGCUGAGUCAUUCCCUAAGGUAUUGUUCUCAAAUGUUCCUCACAUCUGGCUGAAACCAUCCAGAGUAGACAAGAUUGAAAAUAGACAUACCUAUACUUGUCCUGUUUACAAGACCUCUAGAAGAGCUGGUACUUUAUCAACAACAGGUCAUUCAACAAACUUCGUCCUUCAUAUUCAACUACUAAUGCAAAAGAGACAUAGUCAAAAGCAUUGGGUAAAGAGAGGAGUCGCAAUGCUAACCCAACUUAACGAUUGA